UCUUCUUUGAUCCACCAGAGUUGAUUUGAGCGUUCACAGCAGCAGAAACCAGAGUUCAUCCAGACAACAGACAGGUCGUCACUUCAGCAGAAGAUUCUGUUUCUGUCAUAUUAAGGAAACUUUCAGCAGGAAAACUUCUGGCAUCUCUUUAAUAAUCUCUUUACAUGCAGUGAAGUAUUUUCUUCUGUAGAACUUUCGAGCAGAUCUUGGUCCUUCAAGUCCGAUCCUGAUGCUGAAACGUUCUGAAUGAAAACAGGAAGUUGACUUCAUUAACCCGCCCCUCUCUGGCUGCAGGCCGGUUGGAUCUGUGUCAGAGGGGCAGGGAUUAUCAGCAGCAGGUGACAUCACAGAUGAUCCACCAACCACAGAGCUGCGUGAGGCGUUCAGGACUCAGAAUCCUCUGUGAGCCGCCGGGCAGCUCUCAGCCCUGCACAGGAGCCUCCUCACUUCCUCACCUUCUCACUGUGGACUCUGGUUCUACGAGUUUUUGAUAUUUUACAGUGAAGCUGUUUGUCUGAAUGUGAAGGUUGAGGAGUACAAACAGCGCAGCAGACGGAGUAGCAGCUGAGGGUUAAUCCUCCUCACUAAGACGCUCAGCUGAUCAGAUCAGACACACAGAGUCACCAUGCCGACCGUGAAGAGCAAGAAGAAGAAACCGAGGAAGGAGGUCAACGACGGCGAGGAGCAGGGAGGAGACGCAGGUCCAGAGGUUGAGAUGGAGGAGGUGACCAACAGGAGUUCUGACAGCAGAGAACCUCUGACCCCAGAGCCGCACAACCCGACACCACAGAAAAAGAGGAAGAAGAAGAAGAUGCCGACUAUUGAUCAGGAAGAACACCCCGAUGUGCCCAACGGGAACAUGGCGGAGCCGGACGGAGACGGCGAGGACGCCACCGCCCCUGUCACCAGGAAGACCAAACGGAAACGGAAGCCGAAGGCGGCGGAGCACUACAGCAACGACCUCGGCGCUGAAGACGAUGACAUCAUCACAGAUGCUCAGUCCCCGAUCCCCCAACAUUCCCUGUUCUCCGCCCCGCACGGACACAGUCAGCCGGUCGGGAAAGUGUUCGUGGAGAGAAACAGGCGUUUCCAAGCCGAGCGAGUAGAGCAUCAGAGACAAUCGGACCUGAUGGAUGACUACAUGGACCCUCGACAGAUCUUGAACACUAGAGACGUGGCUCUGAGAGUCCACAGCAGCUUCAGAGUGAUUGGUCUGUUCUCUCACGGCUUCCUGGCGGGCUACGCCGUGUGGAACGUCACCGUGGUGUACGUGUUGGCGGGCGAUCAGAUGACCACGCUGCCCAACCUGUUGCAGCAGUACCACCCGCUGGCCUACCUCGCCCAGUCGCUGCUCUACCUGCUGCUCGCCAUCAGCACCGUGUCCGCCUUCGACAGGGUGAAUCUGGCCAAAGCCUCGAUGGCGCUCAGAGGAUUCCUCACGCUUGACCCCGCCGCGCUCGCUUCUUUCUUGUAUUUCAUCGCUCUGAUUCUGUCUCUCAGUCAGCAGAUGACCAGCGACCGGAUCCACCUCUACCCUACAGCCAACCAGACACUGUGGCCUCCGGGCUCGGAGGAGCAGAUCUUGCGGCCGUGGAUGGUGGUGAACCUGGUCGUGGCGGUGCUGGUGGGCGUGGCCUGGGCGGUGGUCUCCACCAGACCCGACAUCGACUACACCGAAGAGUUUCUGAUGACGAUGGAGGUGGAGGGAUUCCCCAGAGGAGACGAGACGCUGGACAUGCCUGCAUGAGGACAUCCUGUC